AAAGAAUACUCCGUGAGGGGCGAAAGAGACUCGGUUCGGGAUGACCUUUCCCUUUUCAGCAUGGCUCUGUCCGAUCGCUUGACGACUCCGAAUUCUUUCUCCGAAAUGUUUCUCCUCUCCGCUCCGCAAGUAUAAGAGACGUGCAACUCCGCCAUGCAUUCUUCGUAUUCUGGAUGAAUGCGGAUUUCAUUUGAUGUCGUCAAGAAAAGCUGCGUGUGAUCCCUGCCGGCAGGCAAAAGUUGCCUGCGACCACGGACAACCUGUUUGCCGGCGAUGUCAACGGCGCAAUAAAGCCUCGCAUUGCGUGUAUAGAGUUUCUCCGUUCAGAAGAGUGAGGAUUGACGGCGGUCCUGCUGAGGAACCGUCUGAGCCUCGGUCGCUUCUGCAACGCGAAGAGCGGUCUGAGAAUGCCACUCCGUUACGUCGCAGCCGUUAUCCGAACCCAGGCCACCUUGGAUCGUCAAGUCAUGUUGCUCUCUUUGAUCAGAUCUCAUAUGAUAGUCCUACUGCCGCCAACGCGAGCUCAAGAGCCGAUCUUGCUGGUCCAGGACAAGAUGAUGUCGGCGAGUCGAUUGGAUCAGGAAUUGCGUGUACAGAUCUAGCCCAGAAGCUGGAGGGAUUCCUUGAUCAGUUCCGGAUUGCCUCAUUGGCAGAUCUGGUGAAGUUCUGGCUCGCAAAAGGUGUUAACCUGGCUUUAGCAGAACCUAUUGUACUGCAAUGUACAGAGGGCGCCGAGCAAUUUCUGGCAAUACGAAGGUCGACUGGUUCGAAUACUUACAGUUCACUUGUCCAAGAUCUCCUGAAGAGCUCAGCAAAGCCACUGGUAUUCGGAAAGACAUCGACAUUGUCCGAUUACACACAUCAGUUCUGCGGAGAAAAUAUGCGCUUGGAGACUCUUGGAAUAUUUUUGAUUGCCGUAAUUCGAGCGAGCAUCGACAUCCCAUUCUUCCCUCCGUUGUAUGCUACAGAAGCCGAGAGACAUCACUUGCGACAGCUUGGAACUGCAAUUAUCAGCUGUACGCUAGAACUUUGCUUGUCACUCGAUUGUCUGAAUGAUCUGCAACUUAUCUUUCAAUACGAACACUGGAUUUUAAUGUCGUAUGUUUAUGGUGACCAGAGCUAUGGCGCCUGGAGGAAGCUUGGCGAUGUUAUAGCAUCUAUCUAUGCUCUCGGCUAUCAUGAGAAUAUCGAGGCCAGGUCUAAUACGCCCCCGUUUUUGACAGAGUUGAGGAAGACAGUGUUUGCACGAGCCUACUCUGGAGAUAAGAAUGUCGCCAUCUUUCUUGGACGCCCGCCACGAAUGAGUACAAAGUUUGCCUACUUCCAGAUACCAUCCGCAAGGGCGAAUCCGGAGAGUGGGGAGUUUCUCCAAGAUCGUGAAGUUAGAGUUCAAGCAUGGGAUCCUGCGUGCGAAAUGAACUAUAGAGCAGAAACUCGCUGGUCCGCACUCUGUGCCUUUAUUAAGGAGGAUAUUCUGGAAUUGCUAUAUAGUGGCCGUCGCAAUGAUCCUGCAAAGAUUAGGCGAACGGAUGAGCAAUGGCAAGCCUUGCCUGCUCAUUUCCGACUUGAGGGCAAGCUAAAUGAUUGUAUUACGACGAGCCCAUUUGAGCGCGACUUUCUGCUCAGUACACGCCUUAAUCAUCUGCAGGUCAAAUUCCUCCUCCAAUUCGUAUUGCUCGACUCUCUGGCGCAGCCUGACGAAGUGAUCGUUACCAUCACUCAGCAGAUGCUCUCACUUGUCGUAGAAGGCAUUCUUCUGCGAGACCAGCUGGCCAAUUCUGGCACUGGCUUUAUUUGGAAGAUAGUACAUUAUGGUCUACCGGCUGCUGGUAUUAUCCUCCUUGCAAUGCUCAAACAGCCGGACCGCCUUCGGUGGCGGCGAGGACGAGUCUGGCAAGACUUUACCAUUUUAGUAGCAGAGGUCCAAAUGGGAUCCUUUAUUCGCGAAUGGGAACCAGACUAUGCGUUGCUCUCGAAAGCCACUCAAACAAUUCAAAGAUUCCUCGACAUCAGUCAAAACGACGACAUCGACACUUCAGAUCCUGCCCCUGCCCUAGAAGAGACUUCAUCAUCUGAUGACUGGUUUAGUCUUCUCAAUCCCGAUCCGUGGCACCUGGAGAUGAAUUUUUGGAGCAAUCUCGGAGAACAUUCCUUUCUCUCGAACAUGGAUCCUGCAUUACAGGCAAUGCAAUAAGUGGGCAAGAAGCAGGAACGGCGUCAGUAAAGGUCGCUAGUGCGUUCAUAGUGCAGUGGAGUUGCUUGCGGACCGGCUUUCGGAGAGGGUCACGGAGUGUCGAUUUGGCUCUUCGGUCAGUCUUGGAGUAAGUUGUGCAACUACACCAC